UUAUAUAGUUUCAUCGUGGCCGCGUAUUUCCCGUUGGAAAACAAUUUUGAAUUGUUUGUUGCGUUUUGCGUCAAACAAGAAGCAUAUAUAUUGAUAGCUGAGAUACUACAAGAAUGGUUGAAGCUAAUUUUUAAUAGCAGACUGAGUAAGAAGAGGGAUUUGACUUGGCUGUUUAUUAUAGACACAACAUCUCUUGUUUAGAAUAUGGCUUUCUGAAAGGUAUUUCAUUCUAAGCCAUAACAAGACCAUUGGAAAGGGUUCUUUAAAAGUUUAGGAAGAAUUCCAAAGGAAACAAAGGAGCUUGGAACGGCUAUUUUAUGUACUUUUUAUGUCCAGGACUUGUUGAAAACAAGGUUUUCAUUUAGGUAAAAUGUAAAAGGUUUUCAUUUACGUAAGACCCUUUCAACCUCAAGAACUAUUGUAAGAGUGUUGGAAUAACUGUUGCUACAUGUUGAAAUCGUGUGAUAAGGCCUAAAGUGUGGUCAAGGUAGAAAGCCUAAAAAUGUGUUCAUUAAGAACGGGUAGAAAAUUCAGCUUAAGAGAAAGGCAGUGCUUAGAGAAUGAGAGAAUUAAAACCUGCGGAACCAAAGAAGAAAGACUGCCAAGUGAGUCGGACAAGAAUAACGUUAUUAACAGCAAAACUUUAGAUGUUUAUGUGGACGUAGAUCCCAGUCUAAAAGGAUGGACGGAGAACAGCGAGUUUUCUUAUAAAAAUCAGAAACACUCGAAGUUGAAGAGAGAGAGUAUGGAUUCGAUCUACUGUGAAGUUUUAAACAAUGGAAAUUGUCAUGAAUGUCAAACAAACGAACGAAAAUCUGCGAGCAUUAACUCGAGUUUGGCUAGAUUUCCAGACUUGGAAACCGGAGGGUAUCUGUUAUUUCAAAGUUUAAGUGAAAAGCAAAAGUUUCCCGAGAGAACGACGUAUUCUGCUCUGAGUUUUACAUCUUCGGCAAGCAGCUAUUGUUCAUCGGAAACCUCUGGUGCUCUCCGACAGCAAGUAAGAGCCGCUUCGGCUGUAUUGUCGAACUUUAAUCGGAGAGCGAUCGAGUCUGCCCGUUCAUUUUCGCAAGCCCGACCAAUGACGUCAAAGAAUGUUCGCUUCGAAGAUGUUUCGCGAAACCAUGGAAGGAGUUUCAGUUCCCGUGGGUGCUCACGCAAAACCUCGACAAUGUCUCAGGAAGGAUGGUCCAAGAAGCAAAUAGAAGCCUGGAAACUACUCGCUCCCACACCCCCGCAGAUCGAGGUCUCUCAAAUGAAUGUUAGUAUGUAUACGCCGAAGGAAUUGCCGGGAAUUAAGAUUUUUGACGAAUCAUUAUUUGUGAUUUGAGGUCUUGAAAUUGACUUUAAUAUCUAGCCAAAUCUAGCGAAUAUCCUCACCCAAACUUGUGAAAACGCGUGAUUAACUUCAACCAAGCUAAAGCAAACUUUUCACAUUGCUUCAACAACAUAUUCUAAAUGUGUUUGCUAUUCUUGCUCCCAGUCUUUUCACAACUUGUCACUAGUUAUGGACUCAGAGAACUAGCUUAUCACAAGUUGUUGAAAGUCGUUGUACGAGUAGAAAGAGACGACAAAGCGAUAUCUUUUUAUCUUGUUGACAGUUUGUUUUUAAGUUCUAUCCACACCAGUGACACCACACAAA